AUGGAUACUGGCUGGGGCUUGGACUGGCGUGAUGAAGGGUCACGGAGUCGGGGGUCGAAGCGUGGUAUAUGCGGUGUAUGGGUGGUAGGCAUGCAAGAUCCGAUAGAUGUCAGAGGAAAGAAAACCGAUAGCAACAGCGACAGCGAUGCUGAUGCUGAUGCUGAUACUGAUGCUGAUGCUGAUAGUUAUAUCGUCUCUAGGAUGCGUGAGAAUGGAAAGUCGAAAGUGCGAGUGAAACAAAGCCCGGCUGCCUGA